GGUGAGACGCAAUAAGCAAAAAAAACGGUACGCGUUCCAUCAUCAUCAUUCCGGUCGGCUCUGUUUUUCUGCGCGAUACAAUUUCGGCACUUUGCCCGUUGCGAAAAGGGACGCUCUGCCAGCGUUGGCGAAUGUGGGUCCUGCUAGUUUCCAGUGUAAGUGUGGCGAAACAUAUCGUGCCCAUAUCAAAUUGUGUGUGCCAUUGUGCUGCCGUUCGUCCGUUCGUCCUUACGGAAGGAGAAGGGCCGAAGCAAGCGCCCUCCUGUACAAAGCUGCAUUGCGUGUGCUGUGUUUUUGCAAAGGUGUUGUUCCGUUCCCGGAAAACGGCCCCGAAUUUUUCCCAAACGUGCCGACACCUAGUAUCCCCCGUACUGUGAUGAGGGGGGAGGCAUCAUGUUCCCUUUCUGCCACCGUGUUUCACGUGUGUUGUGCUGGUGGGAUAAUAGCGUGCGCUGAACGAAAAGGGUUUUGUGUAACAUCCAAAUAAUUACCCCGCACCAGUGCGUUGUGUGCGUGCGCGCGCGCGUGUGUGUGUGUGUGUACCGAGGAGGUAUGAAAAUGUCGUCCAUUUGGGAUGGGUGCGAUUCCGGGUGGAAAAGGCCGGCGUGUGGCGCCUUGAAGGAGUAAAAAGGGAAGGGAAGGGGGGGGGGGGGCAAAGCGAAUUUUGCAAACCACCCCAAAAGGUCAGUGUAUCGUGCUCAUUUCCAUACCCGCGCGUAGGCCACGGCCUCUCCCCGGGUUUUAUUUGUUCUAUUCCAUCGCUCACUUCGCUCUGCUCACUUUGCAAAACAGUGCGCGAAUUUGUUAUCGACCGAAAGGUAGCGUACGGCGGCAGUGAGGUGAAAAGGAAAGAAGGCAAGAAGAAACAAAAAGAAAAAAAACUCACACACAAUCCAAGUGUCAUUUUUGUUUGGUUUGCUGUUUUGUUGUUGUUGUUCUUUUCCUUCUUUCCUUGUUUUCCCUUUUCGUUGCGCGUACCUUGCACACCUCCCCCCUCCCGCUCGGUGACGACUCACGUUACACACAAGCCCGCAAUGAGAGCGCACGGUGACAAAAAUAAUGCGUGCAAGGUGGUUUUCCCACACCGCACGCGAACCAACUGCGAACCACAAUUGCACCAGGCGCAUGAGGAGAAGGGGGCGAAAGGUGGAGAAGAAAAGGGCAUCACCGCCGCCGCGGUGCUCGAAUCCAGAGCAGAGUUGCUAAUAACACACCCGUCGCCUGCUCCCGUCGCGGGCGAUCGUGUCGCUGUGCGUGAGGUAGCGUUACCAAGCGUUACCCCGGUUACCCCGGUUUCCCGGUCAGGAGCGAGAGCGCGGUUUUGCGAAACCCGAUUUUGGCAUUACAGGCUGCCCAAAACCCCACGCGAUCGGGCGCGUUUGUGUGUUUGACCCUUUGCCGUUUGCAUGCUCCGCCACAUUCCACCUGUAUUAUUGUGCCAAUGCCAUUCCGAGUACGAUUACCGUCCGUCAACCCUGUCGGUCCCGGUGCAAACCGUCUAUCCGGCUUUGCACGAGUGUGUUAUUUAAUCGUAUCGUACACACCGGACGCCCUUUGGUGUGACUACGUGCGUAUGUGUACAGCGAUGCAAGUGUGUGUGUGUGUGUAUGUGCGUUGUGUGUUUUUGAUUGAAUAAACCAAACAGCGCAAAAGGGAUUUCGGAUCGAAUCGAAUUAUGCGUAUCAUGCGCUGAAAGGUGAUAACGUUUAGGGAGUACCUGUGCCCCAUGUCCUUGUUGUUUUGUUUUAUAAUCCAGAACCUAUAAGUGCUAGUUCUUCUUCAAUCUGUGGUUUUCACUUGUUUCUUUUUUUGUCUAUUGCCAACAACCGCGCCUCCGUUGUUGUCCCCGCGCGGUGCGUUCGCUCCAAACGCUUGUUUACUCUUUCUCUCGAUCGAUGCUCUCGCGUCCGUUCGCUCGCUCACUUUCGUUGUGGUUGUCUCCCUCUCUCUUUCCCUCUCUCUCUCUCGCUCUCUCUCUCUCUCUCUCUCUCUCUCUCUCUCUCUCUCUCUCUCGCUCUCUCUUUUCUUCGUUCUCGUUCAACUCCGCGCGCGCUCUUGUUUUUCGGUACGCGCGGCUCUCUACACACACGUUACGCAUCAUCCCCUGUGCCGAGGUGUGCUUUAGUGUAUUCCGGUCUCGCAUUCCGUGUGUGCGUUGUGUGCCUCGCAUCCGUACCGGGGCCGCCCCGUGUUGUUUUGUGCUCUCGCGCUUCGUGUUUGUGCGCUGUUGUGCUACUACCCAGCGGCGCGACCAGGAGUAGAAGGUGCAGUAUGCGCUGCUGACCGGGGUGGAAAAUAAAAAAGAAUGGCAGCAGGCGGCGGCGGCGGUGGCGGCAGCAGUGCGCUGCUUCUUGACCAGGCAUACAUAGUAAUAUAAACAAGAAUGUUAAUGAUAUGUAAUAAAUGGUUAGCAGCAUUCCGGUUUCGAUAAAAGAACCGACAGUGAAAUAACAACAAUAGAAAAGCAAUGUUUUUAGUGAUAUCGGUCCGCGCAUUGUCAGAAAAUUGGCUACCGGUGGUAGUGGUGUGACCGGCGUAUUCGUACUGUGCAGUGUUGUAUCGUGCCGCUGUGAAAGAUUAAAAAGCAUCGAUUUGAAAUAUUUAUUAGGCGUGAAUCAUAAACCCCCCCCUCCCCCCUUGCCGCUCCGUCUGCAGUCCUCCCACGCCCGUCUGGUGUGCGCGCUCGUUGGGGUGGCAGGAAGGUUUCGGUUGCGUAUUGACACGGGCGGCCGCCCCAUUGUUUGCACGCAAAACCAGUUAUGCAUGCGUAGGUGGUUCCGCGCCGCGGCAGUGUGCACGAGGAGUAGGCCUCGAGAAUAACCACUAACACAUACAUAUAGCGCGGCGAAGUGUGCUUUGCCCACCGUUGUCGUGGCUGGCGUAGUGUGAUGUGGUGAUGCACACGGCGACCGCCACCACCAUCACCAACGUCGUGUGUGCAUCGACGCCCUCGUCCCGGCGCCGGCAGUGUGUGAUGCAUUCGGCCCAUUGUUGGACGGCUUCGUCGCUGCCCGGUGGUGCUGGCUGUUGCAGUAGUAGUAGUGGUAGUAGUGGUGGUGGCAGUGGUAGUGGUAGUAGCAGUGGCGGUAGUGGUGGCGGCGGUGGUGGAAGCGAUAGUGAGGGCGAUUGACCGGAAAACAUGCGAACCGUCAGAUACGAUCGUCGUAGGUCCGGAUCCGCUGCCGUUUUGGCUUGCAAACAACAGCAGUGAAACGCAAAUAACAAGAAGAAGAGCGGCAAGAAAGGCAGGAGGGUGCAGAAACAGAAAAGAACAAAACAACAACAAACAAACAACUCGACGGCAGCAGCAGCAACAACAACAGCAGCUGGCGCAUCAAUCAAUAAACGACUCGCACACACUUACACAGUGUUUUUUUUCUGUGUGUGGUGCCGUGGAUAGAAAAGUUCUCUCGGUUUAUAGUGUUAUUAUUGUGAAGCAAAAGUAAUAAAAACAAAGGAAGCGUUCCUGCCCCCAAUGGGUAGCAAGCCCUGUAUUGUGUUGUGGUGGUGCAUCGACAGCAAGAACAGCAGCAGCCGUAUCAGCAGUUGCAGCAAGCGAAACCGCAACAGUGACAGCAGCAGUCGGCAUCCGAGCUGCCUUUGCAAAAAUUAAAUACCACACAAAUGGUGAAGGAUUUUUUAUGGCGCUGCUCUCAUUUCGACUUAGUAUUCUGUUUACAAUAGGAUUGCUGUUGCUGAAUGGAUUCGUUUCCGAUUCGUCAGUGCUUGCAUUUGUCAACGAAGAAGGUCCGGAGCGGCUGCGGCUAAUAGCCGCACCGCCGUCGCACGUCAUCGUGACGGGCAGCCGCAGUGCGCCCGUCUAUCUGCCUUGCCAGGCGGAGCUUGGGCCGGACACGUCCGACGACAUACCGAACAGUAGCUACGGCGACGAGUAUCUGGACGAGCACAAUGAGGAGGACGAGGAGGAGGAGGAAGAUGAGGAGGGUUAUGACGAGGACACCGACGAGAUGGAGGAUGACUUUCUGCCCCACACUUCUUCGCUGGUAACGAACAACGAUCUGACCAACGGCGACCAUCGCCAGCAGCAGCAGCAGCAACAGCAGCAGGCGCAGCAGACCGGUCAGCAUUUUUCGCGCCAAUACAAAGACUACGACGACACGGAGGAGGAGGAGGAGCGUCGUCGGCGGCGGCGGCGAAAGCGAUAUGUGCACACGCAGCGGCGAGGGGGCGAAUAUUACGGGUCGCCGGGCAGCAUCUUUGAGUACGUGUGGUAUCGCAAUGGGCUGGAGUUUCUUACCACCUCCUUUCAGAGCCAGAACCAGCGCCAGACGCAUAAAGGAUUCCGGCUGUUCGAGAACGGUACGCUGCGCAUCCUGUACAACCGGCAGAACGGAAACAUUGUGGCGGGCGUUUACCGGUGCAUGGCCACGCUUGUCAGCCAUCAGCAGCGGUACCAGGGCUCGAUCCUGUCCACCGAAAGUACCGUUUCGAUUGCGUAUCUUGAACGGGACAAUCAGAUAAAUUUCCCCAACAACACGAUCGUCGUGCGAGCGAACGAACCAACCGUCCUUCCCUGCCCGUUUCAAAGCUAUCCAGCAGCUAAUAUUACCUGGUCGAUGAACAAAACUGUGCUGCAGCUGCAUUCAAAUUUUGGCAACGCAAGAGACAGCAGAUUUUUUCUACUGCAAAAUGGCAGUCUGCUCAUCACGGACGUGCAACUGAUGGACAGUGGACGCUAUCGCUGCAACGCCACCAAUAAUUACGUCGCCAAAAAUGUGCGCAGCACCAGCUUCAAUCUUGCCGUGAUUAGUGCACCCCCAAGUAGCCUUACGGUGGAGAGAGGGAAACGUCUUCUGCCACCCCUUCAGCCGGUGCGCCUGUCGGUGCGUGCUGGCGAUACGCUUCGGCUACAUUGCGCCUGCUACUCGUGCAAACCGCAGUGGCUGUUCACGCCCCGGCAAAGCCAAAUCCCCAUACGGCUGGAAAACUUCACCCACCAAGUUGCGUUCGUGAACGUUUCGGUCGAGCGUCACGAGGGUACGUUCACCUGCCGAACGCCGGACGGCACCGAUCGGCAAGCGUUCAACGUGACCGUGCUGGUUGCGCCGGCAAUUGUCAGCAAAAUUGCCUCGUACACCUCCUCGGUAGUGGCGUCGAUGGCGUUCAACUGUACCGUCACGGGGAAUCCGAUGCCGGCCGCCAUCUGGUACAAGAAUGGGCGCGAACUUACCAGCAACUAUAUCGUGCACCACAACUAUCCGAUGCUGCAAAUCAACACGCUCGACCCGGAGGACGAAGGGCUGUACCAGUGUAUGGCGCGGAACGAGGCGGGCGAAGUUUCCGUCUCGUCCUACCUGACGAUCCGCGACCGUCAGAAGUAUCGGCACAAGGCAAAGCGGCUCGAUGGCAUCCGGUGCUACCCGGUGGAUACGACCAGCCUGUACUUAACGUUUACCGUGCCACCGCACGUGAGCGCAAAUAUCGAGUAUGUAAUGUACUAUCUGGCCAGCGAUGAUCCGUUCCGGUGGUACAGCUCGCCUCCGACGCACCUGGCGGCCAAUGGAAGCCUGCGGAUCAGCGGCAAGAUGGUGGAACCGUUCCGGAACUAUACCGUGUUUUUGCGCGCCUGCUCGGUGAGCGACAUCUCCGGGACGGAGAAUAUGCGCGGCAACGGUGCACCCGGCAUGCAAAAAGUGAUCCCGUCCAGAUUGUCUCGGGGAAUUCGGUGCGCAUCGCAAGGAUACCCAAUUCUAUCGACCUUCUUUCCUAACAAUGGGAUUUUCAUCUGGUGGCCCAAGCACGAUGGAAUACAGCCGACCGCUUUCACCAUCCAGCUUCGGCAUGGUGGGAACAGCAAUUUGACCACCUUUACGAAUCAAAUCAUCGGUACGGUCGACCCGCUAGAUGAUUACAUGUCGCACGACGAGGUAGAACCACUGCUUGGGAAGAUUGAGGCAGAAACCAAGGAAUUGCAAGAUUGGCUAUGGAACGAGAACGACGCAGCAGAGGGGGUAAGUGACGGUAACAAGGGUGCGGAAAAUCUUGCCCAUCAAAGACGACGCCGCCGCCGGCGCCAGAGUCACCGAGAGGGUAGACGCAAUCGGCACGCGUUCGAUCUGUCCAAGGAUCGGAAGCAAAUUUUCGACUCACUGGCCACUAGUGGUGCAAUGGAUGUGGACGUACCGAUUCCAGUGAAUGCGGACCACAUUCGAUCCUCGAAUGUGUCCAGCAUCCAGGCGGCCGUGGCAGCAGCGAAACUUUCGACCGCCGGCCAAGGAAGCCUCGGUGACGAUGCUCAAGCUCGGAAAACGCACCAACAGAUCACGGUGACGCAGGUAAAGGUGGCAGGCAAUGUGACGGGCAUUCUGCUGCCAAACAUCCGUAGCGUGAUGGUGCGUGUGUUGGGUUCGUUGGCGGCAGAUGGUGAACCAGCGGUACAAGACUUGCGGUACGUCGAGUGGAAAGUGAUUGAUACCGAUGCUCCACGGACCGAUGCCGUCAAUAGAUUUCAGGCGAGUCACAUCGAUUCCCGAAGCGUACAGUUUACCUGGAGCCGUUUCGUUGCCACUAAAGCGAUAAAUCGGUGCCUGCAGCUGUGUUACAAAAACGUCAACUACGAUGUGACGAUGCGCGGAGGAUCCAACCGGUUCGACUGUCAGAAGAUCCCAAAGGAUGCGUCGUAUUACAAUGUGAAGGAUUUAGUUCCAGUUACUAUGUAUAAAGCUUUUUUGAAGCCCUGCGAAUCGACCGAAGCACUUAGCGAUAUUCUGGACUUUCAAACAAAGCACGAUGUUCCCGGGCCCGUUACGAAUCACGAGCUUCAUCGCAAGGGCGGCACAAUAAGCAUAACUUGGGGUCCGCCCGAAAACCGUAACGGUGUACUGCAGGGCUAUCUAGUGGAAUGGAUAACGGAGGAUAGUGUGCAGCAUUCGGCGAACCUUUCGGCCGAUGCGAUCAGCUUCACCUUUCCCAACGUAACGUCCGACGAGCGUAUCAAUAUAUCGCUCCGCGCACUAAGCACAUUCGGGCUCGGUAUACCGAUUUAUCUAAAUUUGAAAAAUUACGAGGGCGUUGUAAGUGGCGGCGAUGGGAACGGUGCUGGAAACCCGACCGGAUACAACGACCGUUGGCUCUUCCAGCUCUACUUAAUAGCGAUCGUGUUGAUACUGUUCGUGGUAAUGGGCAUAUUUUGCUACCUGCUGUUGCGACGGAAAGCGUGCAAAAAAGCGAACAGCAGCUCUGGCGCUCCACUUAAUAACCGAGCGCCGGUAACAACCGCUGGCAGCGAUGUUCGGCAUCAUCUUGCGAUCGAUGCGUCCGCGAUGCAGAUGAUGGGUAUGAUAACGGGGUGUAACAACGACAUGCAUGAGAUGCAAACGCUCAUCCGCUCCAGCAACAACUAUCCAGCGCGUGCAAACGGAACAGUAAUGGCCAACGGGCUCGCGAUUAACACGUACGGUCAAACCAUGCCGGAAACGAAUCCGGUCCCGGUAGCGGCACUGAUAACGCGGAAUCGGCCACAGCCCCGAAAAUCGUAUCACGCACCGUCGGCAAACGUACCUCUGAGCGGAACAGGUUCUACGGCUGCCAGUAAAGCGGGCCCGUGUACAGUUAUUACUUCCUACAAAGAGCUGUUGGGUAAGGAACGGCUAGACUGUGUAGGCAGCAGCAGCAGCAGCAGCAGCACCAGCAGCUGUGGCAAUGCAAGAUUUGCUCCUACUGUUUCCAAUAUACCUCAGCGAUCAUCGACAAAAGUGGGUGGUCAUUACGACGGAACUGAUAAAGGUUCUUCCGGUGCAAACGACGCGGCUGCUACGAGUAGUGACAGUUGCUUGCCGGUCAAUCAGGAGUGUUUAGCAACGAAUGGGCCUGUUGCAACAACCUCAAACAACGGGAGCACCUCAGCAACGCUCACCCGCCGUACAAGUGAACGCAAAUCGUCGCCAACACUUUCAUUCUCGUCCAAACUGCCCUGUGCUGUCCUACCGUUGUCGUCGUCGCCGUCGUCCUCGUGUACAUCCACCCCGUCGUCAUUAUCGCCGGCCUCCUCUCAAGGCGUGCUGAAACAGUGCUCUCCAGUAGAAUUCGAUAGUAGCCAACGUAGAUUAUUAGAGACAACCUUAGAUAGUAACACAAGCACCAUUAUUGUAGAAGAAGCGAAGCAACAGCAGUUAGAUAUACCAGCAGCACUCGCACCACCACCACCACCACCAACAACAACAACACCCCAACACCCAGUAGAAAUUUAUGAUUACGACUAUGCAACGAACUGUGAUGAUGAAAGGGAAGACGAAAGAGACCAUAGCCGGCAGCUACUGCUCGCGCAGGAAUGCCGGGAGGUGCCUGAACAUACAACGAGUCCGUUGAUGGGACCGAUGCCAACAGAUCAGUCCACUGCGGUGCUCCCUACCUUAAGCGAGCAGGAGAACAAGCUUCACGAGUGUAUCACUCGACGACAGCAGUCGAAAACUCACGAUGAAGUCAAUCAGAACUAUCGCCAUGCUAAUGCGUUCGUGUCGAGCAACGGAGUGGAAUUGGCUUUGGCGAAACACAAACCACAAACCUACAACCUGAAGCGUAAUCAAGGUGAGAAACGGGGCCACGACGACGACGACAACGACGACGACGCCGGCGAUGACGAUGAUGACGAUGAUGAUGAGCUGGAUAAUUCAUCAUCGCUACUGAAUUCAAGCAGCCUCAGUACAAAACCCCUCCACCAGCAAAAUCACACCUCCAGCUGGAAUUUUCGACGACCCAUCAUCGGUCCAAACGGCUAGGUUGAACAGUACGCAGCAACGCCAGCAAACCGGGUGCAUAGUAUCCGUAAUGAAGGGGCCGAUAAUAUGGCCGCUUCUUGUGGUGGAAGCAGUUACUUCCGCCGCCUCUCAGGUACAUUCGUUUUAUGUUAUAGUUUUUGAGAGAGCAGUGAUGACACUGCUUUUCCCCCGUACAGACACAUCCCCUCCUAAUGCGACGGUGCGCCAUCACACGGUGAUGCACGAUAUGAUAUGCUGUUGCGCUUCGGCAGAGCAACGACAACAAUUGAUUGGUGGCAUGAUAACGCGAUAACCCCACCAGCCCGAGCGCGUUGCAUUGUCAGGUGAAUGGGGAGGAAAGGAUUGUGUACGGUACCGCGGGGUGGUAUCGUUCGUCAUCUUAUUAGUAUCAGCAUGCCGCUGGAAAGGUAGUUUAGUAGGAAGUAGGUAGCAGGUAGAACGAAGCAGAGGCUUGAUCGUAAUUUUCGAUUACUACUUUAAGUGAUAUUUUUAAUUUGAUGUUAUAACGAGUCUUCUAUAUAUCUUGAAUGUGUUUUUUUGUUUGUUUGUUCUGCCUUAAGCGCUACCGCUAUCUUUUAUACAUAGUUUCCUUAAGCUCACCCAACUCAAUAAUGCCCCGCUGCGUGUCGUUGUGGUCGAUUGUGUUUUUAGUUUGUUUCUUUUUUUUUGCAAAGGUUAACAGUUCCCGCCACGCCGCGCGUGUAUAUGAUUAUCUAUAUGUUUCCUAUGAACGAAACGAUUUGCAUUUAAGCACACCACAUACAAACAGAAAGGUGCAGUAGAAGAACACGGACCCACUGUGCUCUGGGUACGCGGGUGUACAUUUUGUUGUUACAUUACGUUUUACAAGUUACAGUGUUCCCCACUCGUUGACGUACUCUUCCCCUCCCUAUUUACGUUACACACUGAAAGACACAGCAUAUUUAAACUGUUUGCUACUACACUUUUACUACAAGCCAGAAGAGUAAAUAUCUAGUGGAAAGUGAACUCGAAGUAAUCCGCUUCCACCACCAGUGUGAUCUACAGUAUUGUUUAUUUAUGAAAACUCGCAUUUUUGUGCUUUUUUUUAAUCUAUAUUUCUCCAUGACUAUCAGACGUUUGGCUCAUCUUAAGCCAUUUGAUGCAUGCUCUCUUGCGUUAAUGUACUGUGUACAACAAUGCCGGUAAUACAUAUUCUUCUACACACACACACACACCACCACCACCAGCGCCAAUUCCAUUGAUCUAAAAUUUCCAUACGAAGUGAAGAAGUACAUAAAGGAAAUGCGGGAAGUGUAGAAUAUAUAUAUAUAUACUCACAGCAAACUGAAAGUUUUACUUUGUUGCCAAAUAACACUACUACAGCAGCCAUUCGAUGCGCGCUUAGAUUUACAGAAAAGCAGCACCCGCGCCGCUGCUGGGCUAGUUGCAUUCUUCAAUGAAGAACGGUAACUAGUCGCAACUGUAAGAGCAUUCGAACACCUCGAACGGGAACGGCAGCCGAAACGAUGUAAUCGGGAAGCGCCGGACUAAUUUUAAUGGUCUAAUUUUAUAAUCUUGUGUAAUAAUCUCAUCGUCCCACCAAAGAGCAAACUACUACACACCCUAGCGGUAUGGAAAUAUAUAUAUACAUGUGCGCUAAUCUACAGUCAGAUAUUUAGCUUCAUAUAUAGAUUCACACCUUGUUCGCCCCCCCCCCCCCCCCCCCCCCGUCUAACGCGCUCUUCCCCAUGUUUCUGUCGCUAUUCACUAAUGUACUUCUUCAUCUUCGCAAACACACCUAUUUUUUACGCUGGGCGGUAUUGAACAAAAAAAGAAAACGGGCCUUGGGUGAGCAAAGCAUAUAUUUUACGCGAAAUGUUUAUAUGACGCGCCUGUCCCCCCUCUUUAUUAUAUUUAUUUAUGCUAUAUAUACAUAGCGUACGAGUUACAGUGUCCAACAAAACCUAAUGGUUCUGAUACGUGUGCCGUUACACUGCUCCAUUUCCGUUUAGGGCUCCCAAUGAUUUGGUUUAAAUGUUCUUCCAAAUUUUAAUUGCAAGUGUAUGAUGAAGAAAGGAAGUGAAAAUAAUAUGGUAUAGAACAGAGUAGAAUCAGUCUUGUAAUAGUUUAAAAAAUCACACACACACACACACACUCAAAAACAAAUAGCAAAUACACAAAUAGUGAACCAUACACUUCUCCAUCAUUUGGGUGGGGAUAGAAAACGAAAACAAAACGUAUGCCAAUGCAGAACACAAAACGGAGUAGAAAAGAAGAAAACAAAAACAAAACAACAACAACAAAAAAAAACAGUAAAAUUGACCGACGAUAUAAUGAAAUAAGAAUAAUCUGGGUACCUGACUUAUAAAUAGUAGUAAGUAAGUACAUCAUAACCUUAGCGAUGCAUAAUAAUGUGAACAUGAAAAAUUCUAUAUUAUACUAUAGCCCUACAAGCAGAGGAAGAGCGAAGAGGAGUAAUGAGAUGAUUAAUACAGUUGUAAGAACAGUGCUAGUGUGCAGUAAAGCACAGAAGCACAAACACACACUCACACACACCCAAAACAAAUUACAGAUCUGCAAUGAUCUGUGCUACCCCAUGUGCUCCAUGUAAUAAGGUAUUGUGGUGCAGCUUGUUGUGUAACAAAAAGAAGAAAAAAAAACUAUAAGAAAAGCCUAGGAUCAACGUAUGACAACCAAAUUCAAACUCGUAAAGUUCGUCAUACUUCCUUUGUUCUGAUUGAUUUGUUUGAAUCAUUGUUUGAAUCACUAUCUGCAGAAGAAGAAAAAAAAAAACAAAUCUCCCGGGCGUGUUUGGCAUUAACGACAACUUUUGGACGGUGGUGUGCCUUGAGUGCAUAACAAGCGAUAAUACAAUAUGCGGAAAUCGCACACAGUAGAACGCACUCACGAUAACGAGGGACUUUCCAAACAUGCACUGUAUGUUUCAGUUAGCUCUCUCUCUCUCUUUAAAGUACAUUAUUAAUAUUGGUUUGAUCUUGCAUAUUGCUAUAUUGCUAAUUAAAUUGUGAGUUUUACCAAUGCUUUUAUCCAAACUUUCACCUUAAGGGCUUACCCGGGGCUUACUAAUUUACACAACAAUUGCACAAUAGAGAAGAAAAACAAACGAGCUGAUUAACGGCAAACAACGCAAAGAGCAGCAGUUGCUGGAAAAAAUGGAAUGAAUCAGGAAGCAUCUUGUACUAGAGUGUUUAUAUGUUCCGAUACGAGAAAAGUGUGUUUUGUUGCAUUUUUUUUUAUUUAAAGUAUGUUCAAAACACAAACAAUGUGAAUGAGAACCUUUUCUAGAGAGAGAGACAAAUUAAGGAUGUGUGCUUUUGUGGAUAGUGAUGCAAAUUCGUCAUCAAUUCUAACACGGCCGAGGACUUACACCACGUGCUUUCGGUUUGUGUCCAAUUUCCAAUAGGAAAAUGUUUUCAAAUUCAAAUUCCAAUCUAAUUUAUUUCGCUCUUCCCUAUUGGAUAAGAAGAUUGCGUUUUGCAAAGGCAUGGCUUAACUGCUUACUGUAUACACUGUACACUGCUAAAACUCGAACCGUCAAUCCUAUUUCCGUGUGUUGAUGAAAGUAGCAAAAGCAAGAGAGAGAGAGAGAGAGAGAGAUAGAAGUAAGUAGGGCAGAUGUAAGAAAUCUAAGGAGGCAACAUUUUAUUUCCAUUAAGAAAUGCCUCCUCAACAGGUAGUGUACGACACAAACGUAAGAAAAAGAAGAAGAAGAAGAAGUAGAGGAAGAAGCAAACAAAAACCCUUACCACAUACGUACAUAAUUCCAUCGGCAAAUUGGCUGCACACUUUCCACAAUCCGCUGCAAAGUUACCAUUUUUUAAGUUGUAUUUUUCUGUAUUAUCCGUUAAAAAAAAAAAAACUGCACCUCCUCCUCUAUCUAUGGAUUAUUGUGCGCGUGUGUGUGUGUUCGCAGGCUCUGUCGCAGGCUCGCGUUACAUACACAAGCCACAAGCUCCUCUACCGUGCGUGAAAUAGUAUUGUGUUAAUCUAUUAUUAUUUAUUUAUUAACGCGUCCUAAAUGGGUGGUAUCCCUCGUGUCGUUGGAGGAAACAGCAAACAAAAACAAAACAAACAAACAAACAAACCUAAAAGCAAUAGAAGGAUUGUAUCUGUUUUGUAGCAGAUGCAUGUCAUAGGAGCAUACUGACAACAUGUACCAAAAACCGAACAAACAAACAAACAAAGUCACAUAUACACACACACACACACAAACUGCUCACAAACAGGAUAAUACACAGUUAUUUAUUCUCAACCGCGUGGUGUGGGGUCUGCUUUUGUCCAACGUUCUUUCCAUCGGGUUUUCCGCCAAGAAAAGCCGAUAAUCGACAAAGGCACGAGCCCUCGUUUUACCCCGCUAAUACACACCCCUCCCCUCCCCCCACAAAUGAUGUUAAACAGAGAACAUAUCUAACAUUCAAAAUUAUGUGUUAACAAACAAGCAAGAAAACGAAACACGCUGUUAAAGAAGGGUAAUGAACGAUUGACGCGCACAUACAACAUGCAAGAUGGGAUAAAAGGGACGUUAAAAAGAAGAGAGAGAAAGAGAGAGAGAGAGAGAGAGAGAGAGAGAGAGAGAGAAAACAAAAA